GCUUUCGAUAACUUGUCUCUUUGAACUUUCUUCCCCAUAUCAUUUCUAGACUUUUGCCAUGGAUUCUUAUUCACUUAACUGUACCGAGGUUGGGAAACUUGUGUUGAGCUCCGGUCUCUUAGAAAGAUCAUGGAGUAAGAUCUCGGACAUAAAUGAGUCAGUGCAACAAUCUAAUGAUUCAGCUGUAGAAUUCAAGGUUUACCGUGAAGCCACAUUCGUUUUUGUGGUUUUCUCUACACCACCGGUUGGCACAGAUGCCUUUUUAAACUCUGGUUCUACUCUUGUUCCUGAUGUUAAGUCAGAAUAUGCUAACAUGUUUAGCUUCCUCUGCUCUGAGAAGACCCCUUCCUUCUCUCUUCAUACACAUGCUCUUAAGCUUUUUGCCUCUACUGUGGCUAAGAAUAGGAGUCUCACUGACCUCAAAACAGAGUUGCUCCAUUUGCUUGAAUUCAAGAAACCUGUGAUCAUCACCGGAGCUGCUUUAGGAGGCUCCCUAGCAUCUCUGUUCACACUAUGGCUUCUAGAAUCCAUCAAGCCAGACCUAAAACGUCCCUUGUGCAUCACGUUUGGCUCUCCCUUUAUCGGAGACGCUAAUCUCCAACAGAUUCUAGAGAACUCCGUGAGGAACUCAUGUUUCCUUCACGUGGCUGAUACUACACAAACUCCCAUCAUAACAACAGGUUCCGAGCCUUUUGGAACAUACUUGAUCUGUAAGGAAUCUUCAUGUGUUUGCAUCGAUGACCCUAAGGCCAUCAUAGAAUUGCUACUCGGUGGUAAUACAGAUUUAGAAGGCAAGAGAGACUACGGAGAAGUUCUAAAGAGUCUUGAUAGAUCUUCAAUGGUGGAUGCAAGACUGAUGAUUGGUGACGUUAUCAUCAAUGGUAUGAAGAACCGUGCUGCAGAAAAGAAGCAGCGUUUUGAUCAGCUUAAGAAACUAGCUGAAGUAAAGAUAUCAAUGGCUCAUAUGGAGUGGUACAAGAAGUUGAGCAAGAAGGAUCACAAGAUCGUUUACUACGACCGGUUCAAGAACGAACCAGUUUUUCCUUAUGAGCAUCUCAGGAGAGAGAUGAAUGAUUACUGGGAAACAAUGGUUCAAGAAGUAGAGAAGAUGCCUCAGGGUGAAGCAUCUUAUCUCAAGAAACGUUGUCUCCUCUCCGCAAACAACUAUAGAAGGUUAAUGGAACCGUUAGACAUUGCUAAAUAUUACCUAGAGGGUAAGAAAGAGUAUAGAACUAAGGGAAGGCCUCACCACUAUGUUAUGCUAGAGAAAUGGUUUGAGCAGCAGGAGAAGUCUAAAGAACCGCUUAGAGGUAAGGGCACGGAUUUGAGUGAGCUAUUAACGUUUGAUUCUUGCUUUUGGUCUGAAGUUGAGGACGCUUUGAUUGCUAUCAAUGAGCUGAAAACACAACCAAAAGAGGGAUUGGUCGGAAAACUCGUGAAGUUUGAGGAGUACGUGUGGGAGAUCAUAGGAAAACGUGAGGUUUCUCCGGAGAUUUUCAUGGAGAGAAGCAGUUUCAUGACGUGGUGGAAAGAGUACAAAGAGAUUAAAAGAACAAGAGAUGGGUUUAGCUCUUCACCUUCAAAGUUCACCGAGUUUAUGAACACUAGGGAGUAUAAGAGUUAUGGUAAGCCUGCGUCGAACUCGAGUGGUUGACUUGCCAGACCAAAGCCCCAAACAAGUGAAGGACCACUGGCCUUACAUUGCAGCUAUUGUUGUCUUUUUGUUUCCAAAAAUUUCUUUUGUUUCUGUACUCUUAAAAGUUCUUAUAUUUGUGAUUUUUAUUUUUAAUUUUCAUAUAUAUAUAUUUUGUAAUCUUGAAUGCUACGUUUAAACUAUGUAUGAAUAAGUUCUCCAUAUAUUUUAUGAACUUUUUUUUGUGAACACUUGACAUUCAUUACAUGCAACUCACAUAGCGUUACCAAACAGCUAACAAUAACUGUUUUUUUAGUUUAUUAACAACUCUCAUCGGAUUUAUCAUCACCAUCAUCAUAAUCAUCACCUCUACUCUUAAAAUACUUGCAAAUA